UCCUAUCUUUUUUGUUUCAGAUCAACACUAACAUGGCAAGAAAGAAGGUGAAACUUGCAUACAUAACUUGUCACUCGAAGAGGAGGGAAACAUUCAAAAAAAGAAAAAAUGGUCUAAUAAAAAAGGUUAGUGAAAUCAGCACCCUUUGUGGAAUAGAAGCAUGUGCAAUAAUUUAUGAUAAAAACAAUACUCAAGUAGAGGUUUGGCCUUCGGAGUCAGAAAUCAAAAGUGUGUUGUCAAGAUUUAUGAGUUUUCCUGAAAUGGAACGAAGUAAAAAGAUGUUGGAUCAAGAGGGUUUCUUGAGGCAAACCAUAGCCAAAGUGUAUGAGCAGUUGAAGAAACAAAUAGAGGAAACUAGGAAGAAGGAAAUGACAAAUCUUAUUGGUCAAUAUAUUCAUACCGGGGAAUUUAAUGGCUAUUUAAUGAGCAAGAAUGAUCUCAAUGAUUUCUCAUCCUUUAUUGAUGAGAGUUUGAAGACAAUCGAACAAAAGAUGUCACAAAUGGCAAUUAUAGGCGAAGAGGACAUUGGAAAUGGAGUUCAAUCAAUGAAUGCAAUAGAGGGGCAGGAAAAUAUAGGUCAUGCCCUAUUAAGGUUGGUUAGUGGAGGAGAGGAUCAACAAGAAAACAUGGGUCAUGUAGCCCAAGGACUAGAGACCAACAUAUGUGAAGAUUUGCAAAUUAAUUAUGGGCAAUGGCCUAUGGAUUUCCCCAUGCUACCAUUUUCAUAUGAUAGUGUUGACCCAAAUGGUUUUUAGUCUCUAUUUCAUAAUUCCUUUGAAAAACUAUGCUCUUUUUUGUAGUUUAUAUAGAGUCUUUCCCCUUAUUUCAUUUGGUUUUUG